AUGAGUGUUGUUGCCAGUAGACCAGAAAGCCCUGCUGUGCCUUACUCAAUUCCCUCGGAUGUCUCCAGCUACAAAGAGUUCGCGGUGACCGUCCACCCGGUGGCCUCGCGCACCUCAUCCGUCUCCUCGUACAAGACCAACUAUACUACCUCGACUACCCCAACGACCACCUAUUCGCCCUCCUCGCCAACCUCAUCAUACCGCCAAUUUGACUCGAUCGACUCGGUAGGGUCCUUUGGGAAGGCCGUGGAACCGGUCCAACGUCGAGUACCCCCGGAAGUCUACGAUGUCAUUCUCAACAGUCUCGAAACAUUACACAAGGCACCGCACCAGACCGGCUGCACGACAUGCUAUCAGCGCGACCUCCAUGCCUUGUCCUUGACCUGCCGGUCGUGGGAAAAGGCCGUUCGAGGAAGACUGUAUAACAAGAUUCAUAUUGUCGGCAAUGAUUCCCCUGCCCAAUUGAAAAAAUACCGCCUCAAAAGGGGAAGUCGCUUGAAGCUUCUGCGACGCACGUUACGCGAACGGAAAUUGCUGGCCAAUCUUGUCCGUGAGCUACGUGUGCCACAGAUGGAUCUGCUGUUUACGACCAUCAAACACGGCGCCCAAUGGCAGGAGUAUCGCGACCUGGUCGCGUCCGUCAUUAUGGUCUGUCCCAAUCUAGAGCGAUUACUGGGCCUCUCCAUUCCAUACCAUCAUGAGUUCGAUCGCUUGACCCACGCUUUAUCGACUCGUAAGCGGCUGAAAGAACAUACCUGGGUAUUGGGCGAGGCAGCGGAGGUUUCAGAAGUGUCCCCUCGUAGCACUUUGUGCCCCGGGAGCCUAGGCCCCUCUCAGAUGUUUGAAUUUUUGGACUACCAUGUCUCAUGGACAGAAUUGGAGACCCUAAUGCUGUAUGGGCUGAACGGGAAUGGCGCCUUGGAACCAAGCAUAUUCUUGCGCAUGUUUGAUCUCUUACCAUCGCUGAAGAACCUCUGCAUCUCAUCCUUUGACGAAGAUGCCUUUGCAGACAGUACAUUGCUGUGUCUACCGCCGCUGGAAUCGUUGCGGUUGGAGAAUUUACCUGGUGUGACCGACAGCGGGCUGACCCAGUAUACAUCAAGGCCUGAGUCUCAAUCGCUCAAGUCUUUCGUCCUCGUGGAGCAAAAUGUGGAGUCUUUGCUGGUCAUCUCCAAAAUUCUUGCCUCCUUGCGACAGCUCGAACGGUUCAAAUUCGUACAGAGUGAAAAAUGCCCGAAUAUGCCGAGCGAAGACAUGGUUUUCCAGCCUAUCCUUGCCUCGUCCAGUCUGAAGUACCUUCAUUGGGACGUGGCUUGCCCAGAUCCCGGUACCGCCCUCACACAGCUCGAUUGCCUCCCAUUCCAGAGUCCCCCUAAGCACGUCAACACCCCGAACUCCCAUCUUGCACAAAGCAUUCUCUCUGCUGGAUUCCCUCAUCUUGAGACCAUGCGCGCACCCAACGACGUGGAGCCUCCUGGUGUUCUCCAAGCUGUCUGCCGGCCCAUCAUCAAGGGCCAAGCACUGCUCCGUCCGGAUCGAUAUAGUUUACCACGGAGCUCACAUGGUUCUGUCAGUAUUCGACCCCUGGCCCUGCCAGCGGGAAACAAUCUGACUUCCUCGCGUAUUCGCGCACAAACUUUUAUCGAUAUGGCUGUGAAGGACACUGAAACGGGCAUGCCGGUUUUGAUCCAGGACUUCUCAGAUGACUACUUGCCCGAUGUCGCAGCUUCCGCCUCUUUUGAGGAUGAUCCAGAGCCAGAAAUGGACGAUUAUGGUAUUUGGGCUGCAGCCGAGCGAUACAAACACAACCCGCCCGACACUAAAGGGCCCAAAAUGGUAUAUGAAUUUCGGAUGCCUGCUUUCAUGGGUCGCUCGGGCGUCAUGGACCCUGUCACUGGCGCCUCAAUACCCAAGUUCCUCUUGCGGCCUGACAUCUCCGGGCAGGAAUCAGAUGGUGGUUUGAUUGGAUGGAAACAACUUCUUUCAUCUAACCAGUCACUUGCCUACGCUGCCGGAAUGGGAGUCCAUUGCUUCGACAAUAAGAAUUCCCCGAACCCACCGCCCAUGGAAGAUAUCAUUUCGCCAGCUUCUAGUACUUCGCGAUUUGGAUGGGGUAGCUUGGGUGGCCGGUCCACUGGCACACCUGCGACUCCUACCACCCCCAUUACUCCCUUCAGCAAUGCUUCCUCUCAGGCUCUGCCUUGGGAGAAAGACACCUGCACCGGCUCUUGGAAUCAUAAGAUGGGACGAGAUUGGUGGUUCCAUAUGGAACGUGAUCGUCCUGGAAACUCAGAGCUCAUCGACGUGAAGCAGCUGUUUUGA